AUGUCGACCGGAAAGUCAUCCAGGAAGGUGACUGUAAGGGUGGAACAGGAAUCAAAUAGUGCAGAAGAGGAUAGGAAUGAAGACGAUGAAGUCCAAUUGCCCCCUUCCAAGCUGAAAUCGACCAGAAAGCGGGGCAGAGCUGUCCAAUCUCAUUCGGUGGGAGAUUCCUGUGUACCGGUCAAGAAAUCAAAACCAAAUGUGAUUAGGUGCAACAGACCACCGGGGGACAAUGCUGGCACCCCUUCAGUAGAAUCAUCCGGUAAUCAUACUACAGCCCCACUGCCUGCAAACAAUGCCUGUGGAAGUCGCUUAGUCAGUCCUGCAUCAGCCGUCCGGAGGAAGGAGAUGAGUCAGAAGAUACCUGUGCCCAAACCAACGGCUGCCUGCACCACAAAGGUCACCAACAAGAAAACCAAAAGAGGUGGAGCUCAAGUUGACAAUCCUGAGCCAAAGUGGUCUACCAGAACUGCAAAGGUGUCUUAUAAAGUGAAUUACAUGCAAAGGGAGUAA